AUGAUCAUCCAGCGGCUGUUCACCUUUUCUGUUUUAUUAUUCGCUAUUGAUUCGGUGCAUAGCAGACAAAAUCAUUUUGGUGAACCAUGCUAUCUUUGUAAAUGUUUUGUUUACUAUACGGACCGUGAUGUGGCCGUUCCGAUAAAACCGUACGCAAUGGCAGCGGAUGGUUAUGAUACUACUGAAGAUCGAUGUCUAGCUACUUGCAGACGAGAUGAGAGAUGUCGAGCUGCUGUAUACGGUAUGGUGGGUGGACGGAAGGUAUUCACCUGUGAAUUUUAUGAGGAAAUUAAUGCAAGAACAUCACCGGUCUAUUCUCCGUUCGUUAAUAUUUACAUCAAGAGAUCUACGUGUCCACUGAAAGAUGAUGUCUUCCAAUCGGUGGAGAUGAUUGAAGCGGACGAUUCAUCGCUAAAACGACGAAUAAAACAUGAGAAACUGGCCCAUAGACGGAAUCCUUUCGAGGGUUAA